AUGACUAUCCUUUCUAGGCACAAUCGAGCGUCUUUCGAAACAACCAAGCGUGUUCUUGCAGAAAUCGUCAACGAAGGUCUAGUUCCUGCAAAGCUUGAGAUUACUGCACCCGAAGGGCCACAGAUACUAUGCCUACUCAGUACACUCAAUCCUGAGGGUAUAGCCUUGGUCAAGGUGGCAAUCAAACCCAGCACUAUCAUUGAAAUGAGAGAUGAUCGCGUGGUGUCUGUUGUACGACCAGACAGCUUACAGCCACCUGUGAUUAUCGCAGAUACCAAUCAUGAAGAAUUCGACCCAGGGACAGUAUUCAAGGUCCUCAGUACUUCGUUCGGAGACGUCGCCAGCGAGACCGUACUGGAUGAAAUCGUUCGAGAGUUGCGCAACUCAGCGGCCAAUCAAGACGAUAUUCCUGCAAUGCUCAAGCCAACUCUGGCAUUUAUCUCUGUUCCACGUACCGAUCUUCGUGUUACAGGCCACUUUGAGCAAGAACUGCAGCCACUCCUAGAGAGACUUGAGAUUCCAGGAACAACCAGUGACCGGGUGAUCGUCCCUUGUCUUUCUCAGCAAUUACCCUCUAUUCACCAGAGAUUCCCCAACGCCACCGUCCUGAAGCUCAUCGAGAAUUGUGCCGACGCUCAGGCAUCAAUGCGUACUAUGACCCUACGACCAGAUUUGGCAUUCAACUACCACUUGAAGCUCUCAUUGGCUUGCCAGAUAACUUCCGCCCUGCGAACUAUCACGCCUUGGACAACCUGCGGUGGCCCUGUUCAAUCAGAGAUCCUGGAGAAAUUGCUUCCAAGUGAUCUCUGGGUUUUCCGAGAGGUAGCAGCGGUAACAGGCAGUCAGGAAAACUUCAACGACGCACGCCACCUUUCUUGUAUUCUUCGAGAUAGCCUGGAAACCAGGGCUCGGGCAAAUGAUGAAACUCUUAUUAUUGCUGCAGCAUUGGCCCAGAAGCCUAGUGGAGACGGUCGUACAUAUGCAGAGAUUCUGUUUGGGUUGGAAACAACCGCUCAGAAAAAGGAAUGGUUUCAAAGAUACGUUACAGUCCUGUUUGAGCUCGUACUUCCCCCGUUGGUUCAGUAUGGAAUCGGGUUAGAAGGACACGGGCAAAAUCUUGUGACCCGUGUUUGCCGUCAGACAGGUCGAAUCAAAGGAUUUGCCGUGCGCGAUUUCGGAGGCGUGAGAAUGCAUGUCCCGACAUUGCGAAAUCACGGCGUGAGAUUUGACGCACUACCGCCAGGAGCAGCCACCUUAACGGAUGAUUUGCAGAAUGUCUGGAGCAAGGUGCAUCAUUCACUUCUUCAGAACCACGUCGGGCUACUACUUGGGGCGUUGGGCUUAGAGAAUCGUGGUGGAUGGGCAAUUACCCUCGAGAUUUUAUCGACGGUUUUGGUGUCUGAUAAUGGCUCUCCGGGGGAAACCUUGUUCGAGUGUUUUACCAAGGACACAAUGCCUUUCAAGUGCUUCUUGAGAAUGAGGAUGGAAAGCAAAUACCGUGACUACAUCGAGAGGGAGGUUCCUAAUUCGCUUCUCAUGGAUACUCCUCGAUGGGAGUCUCUAUUGGACACAUAUAGACCCUCACUGCAUGCCACUUAG